CAAUUUUGAAUUGAAAUUUUAAAUUAUUUCCUUAAAUUGAUUUCAAGUGAGUUAUGUCGAUUAACAAUCUACCAAACGAGGUUCUUUUUAUGAUAUUUGACCAUUUUAAUGGAUUCGAAGAGUUGAUCCGAUUGUCUAAAGUCUCUCCAAGAUGGUUCUUGGUCGUUUUGCUGAAGUUUAGCAAAGUUAAAUAUCUUCAAUUGAUGGAUAAACGCCAAAGAGACGGUGACUACAUAGAGAAUAACAAACUUUGGAAAAACACUAGAGAAACUUUGAAAAGUCACAAUUUAAGAGAUUUGUUGCCCAAUCUAAGGAUUAUGGAAGUUCCGAAGGAUGUUUUUCUCCGUCUCCGUUCUCCGGAAUCGUAUGAUUUUAGAAGGUUGAUUAACGAACAUCCAAAAAUCAGAGGAUUAAUUGGACUUUAUGAACCUGUUGAGUUCGGAUAUAACUUGGAAAAUAUCGAAAUGAUUUCGUCAGAUUUCAAAUUCGAAUUUAAGAAAGUCUUUCGGCCUAAUCAGUUGAAACAAAUUCGCUUAAAGCAAAUUUACAUGUCUGAAUUUUAUCAAUAUGUCGAAUACUUUCCGAGUUUGAAACGACUUAGCUUAACCCUUUAUUAUGAUUCAGCAAAACCUUACAAUGGUCCAAAACUGCUCGAUUUAAAAUCCUCGAAUUCACUCCAAACUUACAUGGCUUACUAUCUUACAUGGACAGCAUUAAGAAGGAUCCUGUCGAAAUUCCCGAAUUUACAUCAUCUUGCGAUUAGAGGCUACAUAGUUGAGGAAAGUCAUGUAGAAGAAUUUUUCAGACUAUUACCAAGAAUAAAACUGAUCGACUCGAGGAAAUAUGACGGAUUUAUUCGCGAAUCAGCGGAUUUUCUGUCCAAAUAUUGUGAGAAAUCCAAUCGACCAAUUAAAAUCUAUUAUGAUUGUGAAGAGGAGCCAAAUGAAUGGCCUCAAUUGGUUAAUACUGGCGAUCGAAUUUGUUAUGGAUUCGAUUUCAUGAAACACUUGUCCAAUUGUUUCGGUGGUAAUUAUGGUUAA